GACUUGGCCGCGUGCAGUGUACGAAGCAUCCAGCCAUACACGCAAGUCACUAUAGCUAAGCAGCAAUAUGGCUCCCCUUGUGCCUUUAGUUCUGCUGCUUCUCUUCUCUCACUCCUCUACUGCUACAUCUUCAUCUGUCGACAUUGGCCAUGCAGCAGAAGCAGAGCUCAGCAACCACCACGUAGUCGUGGCAGCUAGUUCGCUCGAGCUUGCAAAUGCAAGCCCCGUCUGCCAAGGCCACAGGGUGAGUCCAUCAAGCAGCGGCGGCAGCUGGGCGCCGCUGAGCCAUCUCCACAGCCCGUGCUCCCCGGCUGCAGGCGGCCGGGACAGUGCGCCGCCGCCGAAAACCUUAUCCGCCACGCUCCAGUGGGACGAGCACCGCGCGGGGCACAUCCAGAGGAAGCUCUCGGGCAACGCCGCCCCCAUGGACGACGCCGGGGAAGAAACCCCCCAGUCCACCCAGGUCACCAGCAGCCCCGCCGCGAACGUCAACGUCGGCAAGUCUUCCACCGACAGCGCCUUCGAGCAAGGCAUCGUUCCGGCGGCGACCGGCCCCGGCGGACAGAAGAAGCUCCCAGGAGUGGCCCAAUCCAUGGUGGUCGACACGGCGAGCGACGUGCCAUGGGUGCAGUGCGCGCCAUGCCCGCAGCCCCAAUGCUACGCCCAAUCGGACGUCCUCUACGACCCAACCAAGUCCAUCUUGUCCGCGCCUUUCCCUUGCAGCUCGCCACAGUGCAGGAGCCUCGGCCGCUACGCUAAUGGCUGCACGGGCGCCGGGAACACGGGGACUUGCCAGUACAGGGUCUUGUACCCCGACGGCUCCGGCACUUCCGGCACCUAUGUCUCUGACUUGCUCACGCUGAAUGCCGACCCCAAGGGCGCCGUGAGCAAGUUCCAGUUUGGGUGUAGCCACGCGUUGUUGCGGCCGGGGAGCUUCAACAACAAGACCGCCGGGUUCAUGGCGCUCGGCCGCGGCGCGCAGUCGCUGUCGUCGCAGACCAAGGGGACUUUCAGCAAGGGGAAUGUCUUCUCCUACUGCCUUCCUCCCACUGGCAGCCACAAAGGGUUCCUCUCCCUCGGCGUGCCCCAGCACGCCGCCUCCAGGUAUGCCGUGACGCCGAUGCUGAAGAGCAAGAUGGCGCCGAUGAUCUACAUGGUGCGGCUGAUCGGCAUCGACGUGGCCGGGCAGCGGCUGCCGGUGCCGCCGGCGGUCUUCGCGGCGAACGCGGCCAUGGACUCACGCACCAUCAUCACCCGCCUCCCGCCCACGGCCUACAUGGCGCUGCGGGCCGCGUUCAGGGCCCAGAUGAGGGCGUACCGGGCCGUGGCGCCCAAGGGCCAGCUCGACACCUGCUACGACUUCACCGGCGUGCCCAUGGUCAGGCUGCCCAAGGUCACGCUGGUGUUCGACCGCAACGCCGCCGUGGAGCUCGACCCGUCCGGGGUCAUGCUCGACAGCUGCCUUGCUUUCGCCCCCAAUGCCAACGACUUCAUGCCAGGGAUCAUCGGCAACGUCCAGCAGCAGACGCUCGAGGUGCUCUACAACGUCGACGGCGCCUCCGUGGGGUUCCGCCGCGCCGCGUGCUGAUGAGCCUGUUUGCGAGAUUGUUCGGCCCGUGGGCCGGCCUGCCUACCAGUCUACUAUUGCUCCGGCCCACCUGGGGGUUAUAUAUAGAGUAUAAUAUAUUCAUGACCCGCUAAUAAGCCCAUUUGAUUUAGAAUAUAAUUUUGUGUGCUAUACUAUAUCUUAAGCUUAUGGUGUGAAA